AGCUCAGUUCCUGGAGGACGGGUCCAUCAAUGGAUGUUAGCCAGGAUGGGCAGGGAGGGGACCCCGCCCGCUGGGGUCCCUAAGCCUCCGACUGCCAGAAGCUGGGAGUGGGCGACAGGGGCUGGGUCGCUGGAGAAGUGCCCUGUUUCCCUGCUGCACCUGGCCACUGCCAGAGCCAGGACACUGGGCUGGACGGACCAUUGCUCUGACCCAGCAGCUGAGCGCGCAGCCAGGCAGGAGCUGGUGGAGGGAAGAGGAGCUGCGGAGACUCCAGUCUGAGCAGGGCUGGACCAGAGGCACAAGCCACACACCAGGGGAGUCGGGCAGGAGUGUCGGCUGCCACGGCAGAGCCCUGCUCCAGAGCCACUGCACCUGCCUGACCCGCGAGCGGCUGAGUCUGGGGUGUGUCCUGCCUGUUACUGCAAGACGGUGCUAGCGGCUCCAUGUAAAAAUCGACCUCUCCCUGCCCUGGGGAUCCAUCCCACCGGAACCAGUGGCCACCGGGCACUGCAGGCCUGGGCCCCCUCCCGUAGGGCGUGAGGUGGAAUUGCCCUCAGCGGAGCAGCGCUGCAGCUGCUGGCCGUGGGUGGAGCUGUCUGCCCAGAGCAGAGCCCUGAGGAUGCCCAGCUGGGCGGGCGAGCCUAGGUGAGCGGUGCUGUGACGGCUCCCCCCUGAGGUACCAUGCCGGUUCCCGCUAUGGCAGCCGCCACUGCCAGGUCUUUCUUCUGGGAGGUCUUCCCGCCCAUGCGCACCUGCCGGGUGUACUGCAGCCCUGCGUACCAGGACGGGCAUCUCUUUGUGGUGGGGGGCUGCGGCCAGGCGGGGCUGCCCCUGGACACCGUGGAGAUGCUGGAUGUGCAUUCCCAGAAGUGGACGGUGCUCCCUGCACUCCCCACGCCCCGGGCCGGGGCGGCUGCUGUGGCUGUGGGGAAGCAGGUCCUGGUGAUGGGGGGCAUGGAUUCCAGACAGAGCCCCCUGGCCUCCGUCGAAGUCUUCAACACAGAUGAGGGCAAGUGGGAGAAGGUGGCGGCCCUGGCCCAGCCAUCCAUGGGCAUCUCUGCCAUCGAGAGAGACGGUUUGGUCUACGCUCUCGGGGGGAUGGGCGCAGACACCUCUCCUCAGGCGCUAGUGCGGGUCUAUGACCCAGCGACCACCCACUGGCAGCCUCUGCCCUCCAUGCCCACCCCCUGCUAUGGGGCAUCUGCCUUCCUGCAGGGCAACAAGAUCUUCCUCCUGGGGGGCAGGCAGGGCAAACUGCCCGUCACGGCCUUCGAGGGCUUCGACCUGCAGACGAGGAGCUGGACGCGCUAUCCCAGCGUCCCCAGCCGGCGGGCCUUUGCCGGCUGCGCCAUGGCUGAUGGCUGCUUCUUCAGCCUCGGGGGCCUGCAGCAACCGGGACCCCACAACUUCUACUCCCGGCCUCACUUUGUCAACACGGUGGAGAUGUUCGACCCGGAGCAGGGGGCCUGGAGCAAGCAGGGCCGCGCCGUGCGCAUGCGGGAGAAGAGAGCCGACUUCGUGGCUGGCUGCCUCGGCGGGCGAGUGGUGGUGGCCGGAGGCCUCGGGAACCAGUCGUUUCCCCUGGGUUCAGUGGAAGGAUUUAGCAUACCAAGGAAGAAGUGGGAGCUGCUUUCCCCCAUGCCCACCGGUCGUUGCUCCUGCUCCAGCUACCAAGCCCCGAGCCUGCUGUUUGUGAUCGGAGGGGUGGCGCAGGGCCCCAGCGGAGCGGUCGAGGCUCUGUGCCUGCGGGAAGGGGCCUGAGGGGAGCCCCCGGCAGAAGGAUCCCACCAACAGAGGGCAAAGUGCCUGAAACUGGCGACGGGUGCGCGUGGGCGCGGAGAGCAAACUCUUUGGAGCUGGUGUGUAGCUCGUAGUUACUGACCCGGGGCACCAAAGCAGUGACGUUGUCUUUUGCUCGUUAGGCUUUCAGAAGCUGAAAUUAGUUUUCUAGCGUAGCUCAGAGAUGAGAGCGGUCGGUCUGUUCUUGGGGGACAGGAGAGAAGCAGGGCAGGGCAAGCAGCAGAGGAGUCUGGAAGGAGCUUCAAUGCAGGGGUACCGUGUGGCUCCCCAGAGUAGCUGAAGAUCCUGGGGAGCCCAAAGCUGGCUCUCAGGUGUCAGGUCCUGUUGCCAACACUGCACUUCGGGGGUGGGAGAAGCCUGCAGUGCAGCCACCUCCUCUUUCAUGGAGCUCCAGUGUCCGUCUGUCUGUCCCUCACAGUCUGUAGGGAGGAGAGCCAGCCCCCGGGUGGGGGAGCUGGUUUGAGCUGCCUGUUGUCCAGUGUGGAUGUCUGUGGUGUCUUUGUGCAGGUGUGUCUUAUGCUGCGCAGUGAGGAGCACCAGUGACUCGCGGGAGGCCAGAGGAAAGGCGAUGUGGCAGUGAGGCGUGAGCUGCUAGUGAGUGCUGUAUUGUUGUAGCCCUGGUCUGUGUCCCAUGUAGCACAUAUGGUGCCCUGUAGCUCAGUGCCUAGGAGGUGCUGUAGCACCUCAAAUAAAUGAAACAAGUGGAAUUUGACUCUUGAUGAAACCAGGUCUGUCAGGGUCUCUCCUGCUACUUGUUCUGAGAAUGCCAGAGUUUGCAGGGCAAAGUGGCGGGUACAAGGGAGGGUAAAUGGGAGGCACCCUCUGGAAGCCACUCAGCUUCAAGCCCUCAGUGAGAGUGAAGGGAGCGAACUCUACUGCUCCGGGGAGGUUUGAGACCAUUACUGAGAGGGGACCAGGCCCUGAGAUUCCACAGCAAGGAACAGGGGCAGUUCAGAAACGCCAUCUGGCCUAAGCAGUACUAAGCACGUCAGUGUCACUCAGCCCUUACGGGUGCUGUGAGUCUCAGCUGGCACGUUCCUGAUGGUGAAUUACAACAAACCCCAAAUGCCACCUAUACCUGUACCUCAGUGGGUCACAACUGAGGAUGCCAAAUUCAGGAUGAACUGCUGAGAAAUAGGGCAGAUAC